UGGAUGAUGUGCUCAGUAAGACGGAGUCAGUCCAAGCAAACAACAUGUCCAUUUUAGAAUUGGCGUGGGGUUAACUGCUACUUUUGGUUAUGUCUUCUAUAAAAAAAAGCAAGUAGAAGAAAAUAAGUGGAGAAAACAAAGAAGAUGGCAGAUGUCGAAAAUUCAUGAGAAUCAUACAAGCGUUCCCCUACUGUUGAGUGUGAAGAUGAAGGACAGGCUGAAGUAAUCAAUGAUUCAUCUUUAUUGAACAACGGUAUGUAUUGCAGCCUAAGACAAAAAAAAAAAAAAUCAAACAAAGGCGAAGAGGAAAUUAUGGCUCCGUUCAAUAAACUCGUCCAAAUAAUAGAAAAACAGUGCGGAAAUACAAAUAAACCCAAAACAAUUGCACAGAAUUAUGGGUCCAUGUUAGGAGAAAGAUUGGACCAAUUACCUCAACCAGAACAAAGUUUGUGCAUAUGUGAAAUGGAACGAGGCUUGGGGAAGAUGUGUGCGGACUUUAUGGAAUAAAAAUAUUUGUAAUAUUGAAACCAGCACUAGUUUAAACAAAAUCGCAGCCUGUGCCCGUGGUAUUGCGAAUGCACCAAAAAGAGUGAUUUUCCAGCAACAUGCUGGGCCAUCUAAAAAAUAUGAAACAGACACUUUUUCUGUAAAUUCUUGUAAGGUUGUACCUCCAAAAAGAGAUAUUAUUAAUAAAGCCUUUUUAAAGGUGUUUGAAGAAGCUGGAGAAUAAUCCAGUAAAUUAUUAGAAUAAUCAUUAGUUAUUAUUCAGCUUUUUCUGAUGCAUUUAAAAAUGCUUUAUUUGUAAUGUUAUAUUCCUUUAUUCAAGAUUUUGUAUAAACAAAAACAUAUCUUGUAUUCAUUAAUUUGUAUGUUGUAUUAAUUCAUUUAUAUUUUGUAUUGUAUAUUUGAACCUAGAAAUAUUUAUUUGUUCAUUAAUAGAAUUUCUAUUUUGUAUAAUAAUAACAAAGUUAAGAUAUAAAGAUUAAUUUUCUAGCAACAUUAUAAUUAUUAAAUUUAGUUUAUGUAUAUGAUUUAUUAUAUUUUGUAAAUAUAUGGGUUGUAUGUAUUAUAAAUAACAUCUUCUAUCAUUUCCCUUCAAACAUAUAUAUUACAACUUAUGUGUAAAUAACCAAUAAAUGAUAGGUAUAUGUCAAAUUUCCAAAAUUAAAAAUGUGAAUAACAAAACAAAGGCAGUCUCACUUUGUGGUUAUAAUUUUCACACUUAGACUUAAUUGUUAUUUUAAUCAGACAAUGUUUUAUACAAAUAUAACUUUUUUAGGCUUAGGUUAAAUAUCUCCAAAGUGAUACGAUGUAAACACCCA